GGCAGUUUAGGAUGGCAGCCUAUAUGCCGUGGCUGACGAGCUGGAACACACCUCAGCUGCGGCUCAUGAGGCAGACCUGCAACACAAGAAAAAAGGAGAAAAACAACUCUUCGACAGAGGGAGAGCCACUAGAGGUCAGCGACCGUAACAACCAGCACAGACUCACAUGCAGGCUGAUGAAGUCAGACUCUAUUUCUUCAUUUAAGUUACAGAUGAUUAGGGUCGGUUCUUUGAAAACCUUUUAUUGUAUUUCAGUCUACCGACCUCCUGGUGUUGCCAGAGCAUUUUCAGCUGAAUUCGGCGACCUUUCAUCAUUUAUCAUUACAUUGGGGAAGGUUGUAAUACUGAGAUAUUUUAACCUUCAUAUCGAUGGAUCCUGUAACUCAGCUGCUGAGUCUUUGAACUUUAAGCACCAUGUUUCUGGCUCCACACAUAUAAAAGGCCACACGCUGGAUCUUGGGUCUUUCUCCCUGGGUUUAAAAACAAACGAUGUAUGUGUGAAAAAUGUACAUGUGACAGACCACAGCUGUAUAUUUUUUAGUCUGUCAUUUGUUCUGGAUCCUUCACUUCAGAAAUUGAUGAUUCAAAGGUGGAUUAUAAAUCACAAUCCUGCUGAGAGGGUCCCUGCCUUUUUUGAUGCCAACAUUACUCAUAGUGAAGUUCACACAUUUAUUUUGUCCUUUAACAAUGAAUGUAGGUCUACUUUUGACCCACUAAAAGAAAGAAUUGUCCAAUAUUCAAGUUUUUGUACUUGGAAAAAUGAACAUAUUUAUUAUUUUAGGAGGUAUUUGUACAAGUUGGAACAUUUGUGGAAGGCGUCCAAGCUCCAGCUUCAUGAGUUACAUGUUAAAGAAUCAGUUUCAUCAAAAAAUGCCAGAAUAGACUAUUUUUCACAUCUUAUUGCUUCAGAAAAGAAAACUCUUAAAGUCUUGUUUGAUACAAUUAACAAUUUUUUCUCUCACAAUCUUCCUCACGUACCAGUGUUUUUAAAGUCUGAGUGUAAUAAGUUUUUGCACUGUUUUAUAAUUAAGCUAAUGAUAAACAGGCUUAAGGACAAGUUUGGGUUUACUGGUGAUUUUUUAAUAUGGCUCAUGUCAUAUCUAUCUGGGAGAUCUUUUAGUGUUUUUAUGAAUUCAGUUAUCUCUGAAACAACAGUUGUUCCUUCUGGGAUACCUCAGGGUCUGUUUUGGGUCAGAUUCCUUGUUUGCUUCAUGUGCUCCCUCUGGACCGAAAUAUUAGAACUCAUUCAUGCUGUGCAGAUUCUGCUAAUCGUUUAA